CCUUUCCUGUUUCCGGAGCGCUGAUCGGACUGAAACUGACUGGCUGUCGGCGAAUGAGAUAAACAAAGAGUCGGUGACUUUUAGGAAUAUUGUAAACACUCGCUAACCCUCUUAGGAAACAUGGAGACUGGUUUGAGUCUGGAGAAGGUCACAUCUUUCGUGAAGCGCUUGCGCGCGGAGCCACGCUACCUGCUGGCCCAGAAUGUGUCCACCUGCAUCGACCCACUGGAAGUGUGUCUGCAUCGGCAGACUGUCCAGGACACUGUCCACAUCUUCCAGCACUCCAUCCCCACAGAGGGCAAGCCUAUCACCAAUCAGAAAAACUCAGGGAGAUGUUGGAUCUUCUCGUGCCUCAACGUCAUGCGACUUCCCUUUAUGAAGAAGUUUAAUAUUGAAGAGUUUGAGUUCAGUCAGUCCUACCUCUUCUUUUGGGACAAGGUGGAGCGCUGCUACUACUUCCUGCAGGCGUGUGUGGAGACGGCCCAGAGGAAGGAGCCUGUAGACGGUCGCCUGGUGCAAUUUCUGCUCUCCAAUCCAACCAAUGACGGGGGACAGUGGGACAUGCUGGUCAAUCUCAUUGAAAAGUAUGGAGUGAUCCCAAAGAGGUGCUUUCCAGAGUCCCACAGCUCCGAGGCCUCGCGAAGAAUGAACGACAUCCUCAACCACAAGCUGAGAGAGUACUGUCUACGACUGAGGAACAUGGUGGCCAGUGACUCGACCAAAGCGGAGCUGUCUGAUGCCAUAGACAGCAUGAUUGAAGAGGUGUUCCGGGUGGCCAGCGUGUGUCUGGGCAGCCCCCCUGACACCAUGUGCUGGGAGUACAGGGACAAGGACAAGAACUUCCACCGUUUGGGCCCCAUGUCCCCACAGGAGUUCUACCGGGAGCACGUCAAACCCCUGUACAACGUCCAGGACAAGAUCUGCCUGGUGAACGACCCCAGGCCUCAGAACCCCUAUGGGAAGCUCUACAGCGUGGAGUUUCUGGGCAACAUGGUGGGGGGUCACAACACACUGUACAACAACCAGCCAAUCCAGCUGCUCAAGAAAACUGCUGCAGAGUCCAUCAAGGAGGGAGAGGCCGUGUGGUUCGGCUGUGAUGUAGGAAAGCAUUUCCACGGAAAACUGGGCAUCAAUGACAUGAACGUGUUCAACCAUGAGCUGGUGUUUGGCGUGUCGGUGAAGAAUCUGUCCAAGGCUGAGAGGCUGAUAUUCGGAGACUCCAUGAUGACCCACGCUAUGAUCCUCACUGCGGUCACCGACAAGGAGGGGAAAGAUGGGGGGUAUGAGAAGUGGAGGGUGGAGAACUCCUGGGGAGAUGACCGUGGGAAUAAAGGUUAUCUGAUCAUGACUGAUGAUUGGUUCUCUGAGUAUGUCUACGAGGUGGUGGUGGACAAGAAAUAUAUCCCUCCUGAGGUCCUGGAUGUGAUGCAACAGGAACCCAUCGUACUUCCUGCCUGGGACCCAAUGGGAGCCCUGGCAUAACUAUGGCAACCCAACUCUCACAGCCCUGCCCCGCCUUGUCCCCAUGGUCUGUUUGACUCCGCCCCACCACUCUGGUUCCACCCCUCCAUAGACCACGCCCUCCCACCCUUCCUCAAACCACCACAGCCUGUUCUAGACAAAAUAAAGUUUUUGUUCUCUUUUUUUACUGGA